AUGAUUCCGUCAUCAAAAAUUGCAUUUCAAAUUAUCUCUGCCACAAUAGCUGCUAUUUCUCUUGUUGCUUUUGGAAUGACUGGAUAUCUUUUUGCCUUUCAUAUUUAUCUAUGUUAUAAUCAUACAACUACCUAUGAUUUUGUUGUUAGUCGACGACACAAUCGUACAGUUGAUCAAACUCUAUUGCAAUUUAAUCAAAUAAACCGAAAUAAAAAUAGUGAAUUACAAGAUACAACAAGGCAAUCGUCAAAUUUUUCGAAAUUCUUCCCUCUCAAGAGAAAAAAUAAUAGAAUUUCAAAUUCAAAAGGUCAAGAGUCGAACCAAACGGCAAAUGAAAAAAUAUUUACUGUAGAAGAAAACAGUCACACUCCACGUCGUGUACAAGUCUGUCAAAGUACAAAUCAAGAAUCUUAUAUUAUUAAUGGUUCUUAUCAAGGAAUAGAUGAACGCAAUCCUUAG